AUGUUGUACACGAAUGAGUCAGACAUAGUUGUUGCGAAAAAGAAAUUGGAUUCCCUGCGGGAGUGGCUGUGGAACUGUCGACAACCCGAUGCUCCUCAGGUAUUACUUAUGGUAGGUCCAGCCGGCAGCGGCAAGUCUGCUGCGUUGCGUCUUGUUGCUGCAGAGGCUGAAAUCAAGAUUAGGGAAUGGAAUGCACCCGUGCCAAUGUUGUGGAAGGAAUUCAAACACAUGAGUGCACUGGACACCAAUUAUAGCUCAAAGGUAGAUGAUUUUGGGUCAUUUGUGGCGCGAGCAUCUAAAUAUUCUCUUCUGAAACUCGAGGCUUCACAGAUUUCACCUUCGUCAAUCCCUUUUAUGUCGUUGAACAGUGAGAAAGAACAUAGAAGACACGAAACAGACGUUAUUUUGCUGGUUGAAGAUGUUCCUCUUCGCGGCAGCAAAGAGCAGCAGCAACAUGUGCUUGAUCUUUUGCAGCGUUUAACAAGAGAGAGCCGCACUCCAACAGCCAUAGUUUUCAGCGAGGAAGAUUUAGGAUCUAGAAUAGGUGAACUGCAAGACUAUUCUAUAGGUAUCAGUACUGUAAUCCGUGUUAUGGUAAGUGCAGGUGCUCGGUACUUGUCCUUCAACUCUAGCACCGUGACACGUUUGGUGAAAGCGCUUACGUCAAUCGCACACGCUGAACGGCUUACCUUUAGUCCUGUUGAACUGAUGGAGAUAGCAAUUGCGUCGAAAGGGGAUGUGCGGUGUGCGAUCACAAGCCUACAGCUUCUUGCGUGUGGAGUGAAAGGUGUCAGCGUGCAGUCAAAGGAAAGCCACUUUGCGCUAGCAGAUAUGAACCGGAUGAAGAUCAAAGCAUGCGCAUCAUUAGCAGGUGAUGAUGAUAUACGGAGCGUAAGGUUAUUAGAAUGCAGAGACAACUUGAAGGUGUCUGAAAAAGGAAACUUUUGUCGAGAUCAUGCUCUGUCAGCUUUUCAUGCUCUUGGUAAGGUUUUGUACAAUAAACGUUGCUUGCCAGUGACAAAGGCAUCGAUGUCUGAGGCGCCAACGAAUUUCUCGGAUAACUCCUUCGACAAAAAAUUGAAGUCAAAGAGAAUUAAGUUUGAUGGAUUUGCUGAAGGCAUGUUUAGUCUCGUGUCUACAAAAGAAAGCACUUCUUGCAUCUUGCAGUUCGGAAACGAUGUUGGCCCGUUUUGUGUCCACCCUCAACUACAACGUCACCCUCUGUCGAACGAUCCUGAGUGGAUCCUUUUCAAGUCUAAGUUGAAUGCAGUGGCAGCAACAUCUUUUCUUUAUGAGAAUUUCUUGGACUUCUUACCAAAUGAAGCUGUGAAGGAUGCAGCCUUGGGUAUUAGAUAUCUUUCCGAUGCUGUCCUUCUACUGAAGAGAACUAACGAAGGACUUGGUGGCCAUGAUCGCGGCGGCUUAAGCUCCCAUAUUCAAUUCGAUAGAGGUGAUAGUCCGACUGCUCCAACAUCUGUACGAGAGCUUGCAGCUGGUUCAGUGUCGACUCGCGGCGUCUUUUUUGCUCCUUCAUCCACACACGCAACCCCUCGGCGCUGGCACCAGCUCAGAGCCCCGCAGGGCGUUAAGGCGACACGUGUCACUGCUUCAAAUAUGCAAGAGUUGCGUGCUUUUAUUGCUGAAGAUUUCUCUAUCAGUUCUAAUCUUGCUGCUGCAGUGGAGACACUUCCUAUGCUUCGUGUCAUUGCUCUAUGCACUCCAAAGGAAACCAUGAGAGUGCCGUAUCUUCCAUUUCGAUGGACAAAUUUCGAUGAUGAACAGUGCUCAGCCAGGCGUGAUAGAGAGUAUCCCGCAUCAGCACGCCAUGCUUCUUGGUCUGGUGAGGUGGUCAGCAAAGAGGCAUACAGCUGGCACAACACCUCCGGUAUAGUGUACAGAAGCUCUCGGGCAGAACCUUUUUUAAAUGAUGACUCUUCCCAACAGGUUCGUAUAAACAUUACUUUGCAAAACAUUGUCGCUUCAACUGGGGAACGAGACGAUAUAGAAGAUUGCUGACAUGAAUGGCAUUGAACUCCGUUCAGCAGUACGCGUUAUUUUCUUUCAAAAAUGAUGAGUAGCCAGACUUUCUGAUCAAAAGCACAUAUCACCUACUGCUUGGCACAAAAUAGUCUAGUUUUAUGUAGCGCAAUAGAAUGAUAUUCUUACAUGAGCACCUGUCCAGGGACAGACUCUCUAGCUCGAGAAAUUUAUACUCGAGGAAUUUCUCUUGUAGUUCAAUCUAUAAAAUGCAAAUGCACCUG